AUGCGCCUCUCACUUCUUACGCCGCUUCUCGCGGCCUUUGCAUCCAUGAAGGUGGUUGAUCCGCUUACUGACACUCAAAAGCUUGUCUCGCGGGAUACACUCGCUCAUUCUCCGCCUCAUUAUCCUUCUCCAUGGAUGGAUCCUUCAGCUGUUGGCUGGGAGGAUGCCUAUGCUAAGGCCAAGGACUUCGUGUCUCAGCUUACUCUACUCGAAAAGGUCAACUUGACCACUGGUGUUGGAUGGCAAAGUGAACGCUGCGUAGGAAACGUGGGUUCCAUUCCUCGUCUUGGUAUGCGAGGUCUCUGCCUUCAGGAUGGCCCCCUCGGAAUUCGUAUGUCCGACUACAACAGUGCUUUCCCUGUUGGUAUCACAGCUGGUGCCUCCUGGAGCAAGGCUCUCUGGUACGAGAGAGGACUUCUAAUGGGGACUGAAUUCAAGGAGAAGGGUAUCGAUAUUGCCCUUGGUCCUGCCACUGGUCCACUUGGACGUACUGCUGCUGGUGGACGAAACUGGGAAGGUUUCAGCGUCGACCCUUACAUGGCUGGCCACGCUAUGGCGGAAGCUGUCAAGGGUAUUCAAGAUGGUGGUACUGUUGCUUGUGCAAAGCAUUACAUUGGAAACGAACAAGAGCAUUUCCGUCAACGUGGCGAAGUCCAGUCUCAGAAGUUUAAUAUCUCCGAGUCUCUAUCGUCCAACAUUGACGACAAGACUUUGCACGAGGUCUAUGCUUGGCCUUUUGCCGAUGCUGUUCGUGCUGGAGUUGGCUCAAUCAUGUGCUCUUAUAACCAGAUCAACAACUCUUACGGUUGCCAGAACUCCAAGCUCCUCAACGGAAUCCUCAAAGAUGAGAUGGGCUUCCAGGGUUUCAUCAUGAGCGAUUGGCAGGCUCAGCACACUGGUGCUGCUUCUGCAGUUGCCGGACUCGACAUGACCAUGCCUGGUGAUACCGAGUUCAACACCGGAUUCAGCUUCUGGGGUGGAAACCUGACCCUCGCGGUCGUCAACGGAACAGUUCCCGCCUGGCGUAUCGACGACAUGGCUCUCCGAAUCAUGUCAGCUUUCUUCAAGGUUGGCAAGACUGUGGAGGACCUUCCUGACAUCAACUUCUCAUCCUGGACCCGUGAUACCUUUGGUUUCGUCCAGACCUACGCUCAAGAAAACCUCGAGAAGGUCAACUUCGGAGUGAACGUCAUGCACGACCACAAGAAGCACAUCCGUGAAGCUGGUGCCAAGGGAUGCGUUCUUCUCAAGAACACCGGCUCCCUUCCCCUCAACAAGCCCAAGUUCCUUGCUGUCAUUGGUGAGGAUGCUGGACCAAACCCUGCUGGACCUAACGGUUGCUCUGACCGUGGAUGUGACAACGGGACCCUUGCCAUGUCUUGGGGAUCGGGAACCGCUCAGUUCCCCUACUUGGUCACUCCUGACCAAGGAAUUCAGGCCCAAGCUACCGAGGACGGUUCUCGCUACGAGAGCAUCCUGCAAAACAACCAGUGGGAUCAGACACGAGCCCUUAUCAGCCAGCCAAACGUGACAGCCAUUGUUUUCGCCAAUGCCAACGCUGGUGAAGGCUACAUUGAGGUUGAUGGCAACUUUGGUGACCGCAAGAACCUCACUUUGUGGAAGGAGGGAGACCAGCUCAUCAAGAACGUUUCCUCCAUCUGCCCCAACACCAUUGUCGUCCUCCAUACUGUUGGCCCAGUCCUGCUGUCAGAGUACGAGAACAAUCCAAACAUUACGGCCAUCGUCUGGGCCGGUGUCCCUGGUCAAGAAUCCGGUAACGCUAUUGCCGAUAUUCUCUACGGCAAGACAAGCCCCGGACGCUCUCCUUUCACCUGGGGCCGCACUCGCAAGAGCUAUGGUACUGAGGUUCUCUACGAGGCCAACAAUGGCCGUGGUGCUCCCCAAGACGACUUCACCGAGGGUGUUUUCAUCGAUUACCGCCACUUUGACCGACAAUCUCCUAGCACCAACGGAAAGCGAGCUACUAAUGAUACCGCUGCCCCCCUUUACGAGUUCGGUUUCGGUCUGUCGUGGACCACGUUUGAGUACUCCGAUCUCAACAUCCAGUCCACUAGCAACGCGACUUACCAGCCUCCCGCCGGAGAGACCAUUCCUGCACCUACUUUCGGCAACUUUAGCACUGACCUGAACGAUUACGUUUUCCCCAAGGGUGUUCGAUACAUCUACAAGUUCAUCUACCCGUACUUGAACACCUCUUCAUCUGCCAAGGAGGCCUCGAACGAUCCGGCUGGCUUUGGAGCUACCGCUGAAGAGUUUCUGCCCCCCAAUGCAGUCAAUGGCUCGGCCCAGCCUCGCUCCCCUGCGUCUGGCGCUCCUGGUGGCAACCCUCAGCUGUGGGAUGUACUUUACACCGUCACCGCGACUAUCACCAACACAGGAAACGCCACAUCUGACGAGGUUCCUCAACUUUACGUCAGCCUGGGUGGUGAGAACGAGCCAGUUCGCGUCCUGCGUGGUUUCGAGCGCCUGGAGAAUAUUGCUCCUGGCCAGAGUGUUAUCUUCAACGCUCCCAUCACUCGUCGUGAUCUGAGCAACUGGGACACUGAUGCCCAGAACUGGGUCAUCACUGACCACGCCAAGACGGUGUAUGUUGGAAGCAGUUCUCGAAACUUGCCUCUCAGCGCCAAGCUGGAGUAG